GUCAAUAUCUCUGCCGGCGGUUUUCUCUCGUAUAAAAGCCCUGGAUUGCCGAUUUUCUCUCUUUCUGAAUUCCCCCAAUGAACAAUCCAUCAUGGAGCAUAUUAAAAAUACCUUUGCGCAGUGCAAGGCAGCAGGGCGCCCGGCCCUGGUGACGUAUGUCACGGCUGGGUAUCCCACGGCCCAUGAGACGGUGGACAUUAUGUUGGGCAUGGAGGCUGGGGGAGCUGAUAUUAUUGAACUCGGCCUCCCAUUCACAGACCCCAUUGCUGACGGUCCGACGAUUCAGAAAUCCAACCUGAAGGCGCUGGAUAAUGGGGUCACAGUCUCGUCAAUGCUGCAGAUGGUCAAAGAUGCACGGGCAAAUGGUCUGCAAACCCCUGUUCUGUUCAUGGGCUACUAUAACCCCAUCCUGAGGUAUGGGGAGGCCAAGCUCCUCCGCGAUUGCCGCGACGCUGGCGUGAGUGGUUUCAUUAUUGUUGAUUUACCACCUGAAGAGGCGGUUCGGUUUCGGAAUAGUUGCGCGGGAGCUGGUCUGUCAUACGUCCCCCUGAUCGCGCCUUCUACACCCGAGGCCCGAAUGAAGACGCUCUGCUCCAUUGCCGACUCUUUUAUCUACCUAGUCUCGAGAAUGGGUGUCACGGGUGCCACAGGGUCCUUGAAUACGAACCUCCCCGAGCUGAUGCAAAAGGUCAAGGACUUGUCCGGGAACGUCCCCAUCGCGGUCGGCUUUGGGAUUAGUACGCGCGAGCACUUCCUCAGCGUCACAUCCAUUGCGGACGGCGCUGUCAUCGGAAGCGAGAUUAUCACGCAGUUGUCGAAUACUGCGCCCGGACAAGGAGCGCAGGUCAUCCAGGAGUAUUGCUCUGGAAUCACAGGGCGCAGUGUCUCAAGAUCAGCAGCGACUGGACAAAUUCCUGAACCCAAGAGCCAAAGCGCGACGAAUGAAGCGAACGAGGAACCUCCAUCCAUCAGCGACACAACCGGGCGCUUCGGUGACUUCGGCGGUCAAUAUAUUCCCGAGGCGUUGACGAAAUGCAUCAGCGAGCUGGAAGUUGGGUUCAAAGAGGCCGUGAACGAUCCUGCCUUCUGGGAGGAAUAUCGCUCGUUCUACCCGUACAUGGGGCGUCCGUCUAGUCUGCAUCUCGCGAACCGAUUGAGCGAGUAUGCCGGCGGGGCAAAUAUCUGGCUGAAGCGAGAAGACCUGAAUCAUACUGGCUCACAUAAAAUUAAUAACGCGAUCGGGCAGAUCCUCGUCGCUCGUCGGUUGGGUAAGACGGAAAUCAUCGCGGAGACAGGCGCAGGGCAACACGGCGUUGCGACCGCCACGGUCUGCGCAAAACUAGGCAUGAAGUGUACGAUUUACAUGGGCGCCGAGGACGUCCGGAGACAGGCACUCAAUGUCUUCAGGAUCCGAUUGCUCGGUGCCGAGGUGAUCCCUGUCGAGGCAGGAGCGCGAACCCUUCGUGACGCGGUCAACGAGGCGUUCCGCGCUUGGAUCGUUCGACUGGAUACCACGCACUACAUCAUUGGGUCGACGAUCGGGCCGCAUCCGUUCCCGACGAUGGUGAGGACGUUCCAGUCGGUUAUUGGCAAGGAGACGAAAGAGCAGUUAGGCCGGGAGAUUGGAAAACUGCCCGACGCGGUGGUUGCCUGCGUGGGAGGCGGUUCCAACGCUGCGGGCAUGUUCUAUCCUUUCUCCGAUGAUCCGUCGGUUCAGUUAUUUGGCGUUGAGGCCGGUGGAGAUGGCAAGGAGAAGCACUCUGCGACGUUGAGCGGCGGCUCGGUUGGUGUUUUGCACGGCGUGAAAACCUAUGUGCUUCAAAACCAGCAUGGCCAGAUCUCCGAGACACACUCGGUGUCCGCAGGAUUGGAUUAUCCUGGCGUUGGGCCUGAGUUGGCGAGUUGGAAGUACGCGAACCGAGCGACGUUUCUGGCAGCGACCGAUGCCAAUGCGUUCGAGGGAUUCCGCUUAUUGUCCCAGCUGGAGGGUAUCAUUCCUGCGUUGGAAUCCUCGCAUGCAGUUUGGGGAGUGAUUCGGGUUGCACGUAAACUGGGCAAGGGCAAAGAUGUCGUCUUGUGUGUGAGUGGACGCGGCGAUAAAGACGUGCAAACCGUGGCGGAAGAGUUGCCUAGAUUGGGACCCCAGAUUGAAUGGGAUUUACGGUUUUAAAUAGACACAUCGAAGGG